AUCGAUAUUAUCGAAAAGUAUCGAUAAGUUUCCCAUCACUAAAUAUAAUAUCCUGCUGCAGGUUUAUGUUAGGCCUUGAUUCUGACGAAAAAAAAUUGGCAGAUAUUGAUCGCUGGUAUAUAACUUAAAGUGGUGAUAAAGAAAUGUCUUCGGAGAUUACUAUUCCUCCUCCUGCUGUCUGGGCUCAGCGAAAUGAUGUUAUAUUAUUGACGUUAAACGUCGAGUGUCCUGAUCCUGUUUUCAAAUUUACAGAAGAAACUAUGUACUUCAAAGGUUUAGGCCUACCGGAUAGAAAAAAACAUGAAGUCACUAUAAAUUUUUAUAAUAAAAUCAAUCCCGAUAAAGUGGUCAGUAAAAACACUAGCCGAUGUAUAGAGUUCGUAAUAUCGAAAGCUGAUACUAAAGCAUCAUACUGGCCCAAAUUGACAAAAGAAAAAAACAAACCGCACUGGCUCAAAGUGGAUUUCAACCGAUGGAAGGAUGACGGGUCAGAUGACGAUACAAACGAAGGUGACAACGGUUUGUCUCUUGACGAUAUGUUGCGGUCCACCAACGACAAUAAGCUUUCUUUCGACGAUUUCGACGACGAACAGGAGGACUCGGAUGAUGAAGCAAUGCCAGGUUUAACCGAAAACAAGGAAGAUAAGGAAGAGCUAGAGAAAGAAAAAUAAAAUCUGCCAGUAGUCUGAGUUACCCGAAAUAUGCGAAUAAAAAAGUGAAUAGGUAAAAAGGAAUAUCAUAACAACAUCGGUAAACCAUUCAUUCAAGUGCAUUUUUAACACGAUUUUUAGCGGAUGAAUGUUUAAUGCAGUGUAAACUAUAUAAAUUCUCGAUGAUUCAAGCAGUUUGAUUGUUUCACAGCGUAUAUUUGUCAUAACUUUUUCCCUUUUCGGUAAAAAACAAAAUUGUUAAAAUAUGCUUUGCAGCAAUUUUAUUUUAUUGCCUUUGAGGAAGUGGAUCAAAUAAACAACAUCAUGCUGUGCAGAUCAUAGCAUAGCAUAAAGUCCUGAGCGACGAAAUAA